AUGGAUCAAGUAGGAGACCGUCCAAACAAGACUGACAGCAAUGGAUCCGACGAAGUCGUCAUGAUUCGAGGGGCCAAUCUCAAAGGUCGCAAUCAAAGACAGCUUAGGUGCGGAAGCGCACGUCUGAACAGCGAUUCCCGGUAUAGGGCUCGUCCAAGAACAACACAGCAGACGCCGAGGCAGGAUCCCAAUGGGACACCAAACAGACCUGCUGCGGUGGAAAAUCACGCUCUCCAGGACGAUGUUGGCUGCCAGACCAAAGUUCCGUCCGGUGUGCAAAUGACUGCAAACAAGGCUCCAUCUCAAGAGGCUCUAGACGAGUUAAAGCGCCUUCAAGAAGAGAUUGUUUUGCAAGCCCACCUGAAUCGCUACAAAGACCAUGAAGACGACACAGCAAAUCCAGAGAGCCUUGCGAAGUGCAGGGACGGGCCGGGAACCGAUCCAAAAUCAGAUGUCUACAAGAGCAUCGCAAGGUGUAGGCUUGCAGCCAAUCCAAAUGCAAGUUCUUCCAACCCAAGCUCUAUUCCAGAGGAUAAGUUCGAAGGGGACGUGGAUGAUAGAUACUUCGUCGAUGAAAUCAGGUCUCGUGUCCAGAAGGUUUACGCCGCGAAACUUGAUGCUCAGCGUGAAUCUUAUCAUAACAGCGUGUCCUUGUACCCAGCCAUCGUUGACGGCCAGGUCUUUCUUUCGCGCUACCCAAGUGCGGAGCAUGAACGUCUACAGAAAACUCCAUCGAAUGCUGAGCGCCAGAUUGGCAAACAGGACGACAGUCAUAAACCAGAGCACUGGUCCAAGGUUAAGUGUGAGGAUAGGUGGGAGAUGCGUCCUCGUGCUUGCUCUACCUAUGAAGGCUUUCGUGAUUGGUUCCGUCAUUGGCUAGAGAUGGAGACAGGAGAUAGCUCCAACAUUGACAUCCACCACCAAGCCUUUUUUGACGGAACCGCGCAUAUGGAUGGGAUCAAAUCUUUGUACAUUCUUGACUUGGGAGACGUCCCAACUCGUUUGGACAUGACAAGUGAAGCAACACGUCUCCAUUAUCAUGAAACGGCCGAAGGCUACCGCCACAACCUUGCAUUGCAUAUGAAAGCGGCAGAAGAGGAGGCGAGGGCGCGCAGAAAACAAGCUCGAGAUGCCUUCAUAGAAGGUCUGAAGGUCUGUUCUCCAAAGGAUCCAAAUAGUCCUAGAGCAAACGUCUAUCUUCGCGGUGUUGAAGACGGUGACAUACCAGGACUGCUCAUGAUCUUGAAUUGGUACGGCCAAAAGUCAAAUUUGAGUUCAAGCUUAGGAACACUUGACGAACAAGACGUGCAUCAGCGAAUUGAGGAUAGCAGACGUGCGAAAUUGCCGUUUAUUGUGGCUGCAGAGCGCAGACGCGGACCAUCCGCCAACGACACCCCGGAGAAAAUCCUCGGAUAUGCUUUGGCUAGAGAUUUCUUGGGGAUUCAGACCGCAGGUCGAUACACAGCGGAGCUAGAAAUUUAUAUCAAACCGGACCACAAACGCCGAGGCAUCGGAAAAUGUCUCUUGGACAAACUGAUUGAAGUUUGUGACGCUACUUACGUACCAAAAAGGGGCUUCUUCUACGAUGCCGGUUGCGAUGACAAGACUGGACUUUACCCAGGCGGAUCCCGAACUCUCAAACGUCUUCUCUUUACCAUCAGCUAUUGCGUUCCUGAGAGAUCCCAGAUCAAGUGGCUCAUCGACUGGCUUGAAAGGGAUUACCACUUUGAACAGCAAGGCGUGCUCAAGGGGGCUCGAGUCAAGUUCGAGCGAUUCCUUGAUGUCAGCUACCUUAUUCGCAACGCUGGUUAUGACGAUGGUGAUGCAUUUCAUGCUUGA